GGUGAACCUCGACGACUUGCGGUUGCUCUCUCUCGAUCGCAACAGUCAGGAUGGCUACCUCCUCGCCCUCGCGUACGGAACGUGUCAGACGGCCCACUCUCAGGGUAUCACGCCUGGAUCCGUCAUUCGGCAGCGACGACACUGCAGUGGACAGUGGUGUCACAGAGCACAAUGAAGAUGGAUGGAUAGAUGAAGAAGCCGGUGAUAUCGAGCUACGACGGUCGCCCACCGCAACGAAUCCACCAUCAGGUCUACGGCCGAAAUCUGGACAUGCCGCCUCAGUAGUCAGCCGAGAUUUCACGGAGCGAGGCCGUAAGCAUUGCGAUGUCUCAAGUCGCAGCAAAGGUUCGAGUAAGCGGGGGCGUGAGGACCCUCGGGAGAAAAGCUCCAAGAUUGCAACAUGUUGGAAAAAAUGCAAGAAAGUCCUGAGCAAGCACGACAAGUCGUUGAUUGAAGGAUGGAGGGAGGACGUCGAUACUCUCCUUGUAUUUUCUGGUCUAUUCUCUGCGGUUCUUACGGCCUUUGUCGUCGAAUCGUACACCUUCUUGAAGCCUGACCCCGAUGGCACUACGACGGACAUCCUACGGGAAAUGUUGGGUGAAGUGCGCAACAUCCGUGCGGGAAUAACGUCGCCUCCUGAUUCGACGGCUGACUCCGAGUUCCCUUCCAUCAACGACUUCCCUGCCAGCUUCGCCAUACGCGUGAACGUCCUCUGGUUCACGAGUCUUGUCUUUGAUCUUGCAGCGGCCACGAUAGGCAUUCUCGCCAAGCAAUGGCUGCGAGAUUACGUCCGUCACUCUGGCGGCUCGCCACGCGAGAAAGCAAGGAUCCGUCAGCUGCGCCACAACGAUUUCAUGAAGUUCCACAUGCACCAGGUUAUCGCCUCCCUGCCCAUUCUUCUUCAAUGGUCCCUCGCCUUCUUCUUCAUCGGCCUCGUUGACCUCCUGUGGAACCAAAACUUCAUCGUCGCUGCAAUUGUAACCUGCUUUGUCACGGCUUCACUUGCCUUCUUCGUUAUUACGACCGUGCUUCCAGCGCUCCGGGCAGACUCUCCUCACCGCUCCCCCCAAGCGCUUGCGCUUUAUCUCACCUUCGCGGCCACCGUUCGCCUGCUGCUCUGGCUCAUGGCAGGCAAUUAUAAGGUCGACCACCGCAACGCGCUACUCAUACCACUUAACCUCAAAGAGACGUGGUGGCACCGUCGCUGGCGGCUCUUCAAGAGCUGGCUCGCCCAGUUGUUGCAUGAGCGUGCACAUUCCAAUUGGCACGAUAGGGAGCAGUACAUCAUGCGCGGUCAAGAAGUCGAGCUAGAUUGUCAGAUUCUUGCUGGCGCGGACGCCUUGUACAUGGACAACAAGAUCCUCGAGGAGGUCAUCAGGCCCUGUGUCGAAGAGAUACCUGCCCCCGCAGCCACCCGCUGCGUAACGCAGAUCGUUAUGCACAGGGCACAUGGUACUCUCGAUGGAAAGCCGUUCUGGAAGCCCUCGAACGCUGCCGACGAAGGCAUAGUUAUCCUAGCGCACUUGACACUCGAUGUACUCACUCGACUAGACGAAGCCAAUGAACAGGACGCGAUCAAGCUGCUCGACAUUCUGAAGCGACUGUGCAUUGCCAUACGCUUUGAAGACGACCAUCCCGUGUCGACGGACCUGUACGAGCGAGUGUACGGGACAGUUUCGCGGCUGUUGUCGAUCAGCGAUGCCGUGGGGAAAGACGGCUUUCAUUUUCUGUACACUCUUCUCUCUCGCGCCAACGUUUCCGUCCGGAUAGACACUACAGUCAUCGCGAACAUCGUCAAUUUCGCCACCAGUACACGCGACGUCUUGCAAGACUCCGACACCUACUUCAGCGCAUGCGUUAUCGCACUUCACUUUGCCGCAAACUUGCCAUCUGAAGGUCGGCAUGAGUCAUGGGCGCAUCUUCAAACGUUGCUGCAGGAGAUGGAGGAAUACGUUCGGGUAACGCAGGCCCUACCUAGUCCGGGUCUACUCCACGCUAUCAACAUAUACACGGAAAGAGAUUCAUCGCCGAUGAUGAUGCAUGUCAAGCACAAGUUCGAGCAGCUCUCCGAAAUGGUUGCCUCGAUCGUCAACAACAUCGCUGCAUCUGCAAACUCGAUCUCGGAAUCCGCGUAGUAGGGAAAGGCGGCCAGCUGCUGGACGUACCCCCGGCGGUGCCGAGGCUCGUCAUGCUUCAGCUUUACCUGUUCGCCGUAUCUCGUUAUUUAAUACAUUUCACC